AUGGCCAUAUUUGUUAUCACUCUAUUGAAAUUAAUAGUCCUGUUGUUCAAUGACUUAGAACGAUACUCUACUGAGCAAACGAUCACUUCAUUACCUUUCGAUAAACAAAUUCAAUCCGCACAUUCCUCUUCGAACGCGUCGAACCGAACCAGUCCAUUUUCGCUUGACUAUUAUCGUCAAUAUGUAAAACAGAAAAAUCGAGAACAAUACAUUUCAUACGCGUGUGGUUUACUUGAGAAAGUUUAUCGAAAUGUUGCAAGAAGUCGAAACAAUCAAUGA